UCAUAGUUAACAGCUAUAAAAAUCUAGUUUUUAAAAGUCGGUAACAGACGGGAAAGUCAAUGCUGCGAAUCUGCGCGGUCCGAUCCCCGGUACGCGGUACGUACUACAAUACUGCAAGAAUCUUCAGGAUUGAAGGAGGCAGUGUAGCUUGAAGAAGAAGAAGAAGAAUCUGAAGAUAGAAAGCCAUACGACUGUACAACUUCUCUCUUCAAUCUUCGUAUAAAUCGUCAUUCAUUGUGCAACAGAAGGGUUUUUCCUAAUCCGUCAUCUUUCAUGAUGAAUGCAUCAGGAAGUGCUACGGGUGGGACUCCCAACGCAACAUGAAUUCAUCAGGAAGCGCUACGUGUGGGACUCUCUCCAAAAGUGCUACGGGUUGGAUUCUCAACAUGAAUACAUCACAAAGUGCUACGGGUAGGACGCCCAACACGAAUGCAUCACAAAGUGCUACAGCUUGGAUUCUCAACAUGAAUACAUUGCAAAGGGUCACAGGUACAUGUAGGACGCCCAACAUGAAUGCAUCACAAAGUACUACGGGUAGAACGCCCAACAUGAAUGCAUCACAAAAUGCUACGGGUGGGACGCCCAACAUGAGUACCUCACAAAGUGCUACGGGUGGGACGCCCAACAUGAAUGCAUCAAAAAGUGCUGCGGGUAAGACUCCUAGCAUGAAUUUAUCAGAUUGUGCAAUGUGUAAGACUCCCUUUGUAAAAAUAAAAGGGCCGAAAACGGGAUAUGGUCGGCAUACACUUCGUCAUUUUACAACCCCGAGAACAGCCGAGAAAUUCUGUGGAGGACCUGUGUGCAUGGACAAUGUUGUGUGCGGAAAAUGUUCACGCGACAUCGUCAAGAAUACUGUCAUGCUCACAACGAUCGGGCGAAAGACUGGGCAAAAAAUAGCGAGGAGGAUUUUGAAGUCUGAGAAAAUUCUUUUGCGUAAGAGUAAAGCCCAAAAGAAACCUCGCCCUCAGAAAGUUGAAGGAGGAGACGGAACUGUACCAUCCACAAGUGCGAUUCCCAUGGAGAUUGGAGAUGAGGUUCAAGAUUGGAGUGAUAUGGAACAAGAAGAAACCCAGGAAUCGCAGAAUUCAAGCCGACCCUUGAAGAAGAAACCUAAGAAUCGCAGAAUUGAAGACGAUCCAUUAGACAAAGCCAUCACCUGCCUAUCGGAGGGCCGAUUUUCGGUCGGGCUCAGGGCUCUGUGCAAGGUUUCUGCAAGAGCCAAACAAGCACUCAUAACUGUAGUAGCAGAAAUAAUCAAAAAAGAGAUAAAUUCAUAUCCAAAGAUAAAUGCAUUUCAGCAGGAAGUCACCCACUCUGCAGUCUCUUCAUUUUCCUGGGUAAAAGCAAUGGAGGAGGCUCAGGAGAGCUUACCAACCACAGUCAGCUGUAUCUGGGCUAUGCUACCAUUCAAGAAAGGAAAACCCAAGAGUGAUGUAGUUCGAAAGGCUGUCCAUAUGCUGAACAUUGCCCUCUACACUAGAUCCCGCGGCUUCAAUUUUGUCCAAUCGUCUGUUGGGAUGGAACUCUUGAAAAAACGAGCAAGCAGGAAGGUAUUUACGACGUUAAACCGUAUGGCAAUAUCCACGGCAUAUGCCCCAGCCAGGCACCAUCUUGACGAGAUUGGAAAACAGCAUGAACAAGAACUUCUGAACUGGAAAAAGUAUCUGGAAAGCACGCCCAGCCAAGAGAGCUAUGGCUUCAGCUACAGCCGUAUCUUUCUAGGAUUUAAAGCAAAGACAACUUGCAAGUCAAACCCGCAAACUGUCUGCUUUGCAGUGAAAGACCGUGUUCAUACCAAGAGAGCUGUGAAAAGUCGUGAGGUGCAAGUGCCCGCUUCCGAACUUGAUCCCUAUACAUUUCUUCCGUCCCCUGAAGUCUUCGCGCGUAGAAGAUCAAGGGCUGUAUUCCUGGUCAAGCACCUCAUCACUAAGCACCUGACGAAAGUCCAGCAUCUCAAGGGGAAGAUGCCUUCCAGGAUCCUUCAUAGUCACACCAAAGAAAUGGAUGAGAAGUCUCAAUGUGUUACACCAAGCAUAGUCGAUGCUAACCCAGGCUCCACACAGGGUAUGAUAUCUGUCCUUGAACGUUUGCAGAACUACGUGCCUGUGAAGGACGGUAAGCCGAUGCCAUGCUUACUGAUUGGGGACAUUGAGCCUAUUCAACAAGCACAGGGGCAUGCCUGCAGUGACGGAGGAAACGGGAAUGAUCGCUUGGUCGCCUUUCGUGCCUGCCCUCAAGAAUCUCGCAAGGACGUCCACCACAUAAAAGAAUCAAAUAAAAAGUUCUUCAAAGCAUCAAGUUUGACUGAAAGAGGGACGGUCGCCCAGAUGAAGGACAGGUUUAAGCUGAGACCCUUCAAGAACGAUACCACUGAAAGCUUUCCACGUACGUGGGAUUUGUACGAGUUUGUGACAGAAGCACACAUCCUGAUGUGUGCGAUGAAACUGUGUGGAAUGACGUCACUUGAAGAUCAACCGGAAGGAUGUCCUCGCCAGAAGUCGCAUGUAAGACGGCAAUUCCAGUGGUUGACUAACCUUGCACAUAGAGUGGUGGACUUCUGCUGGUUUCCUCCAGAUAGAGGAGAUGUACAAGUGGCUGCCGCAUCAUUUGACGAGAAACUGAAAGACGUUGAGGAAAAUGUUCUUCGAUACUGCUAUUGCAACACUCAUGGGAAGUCCGAUGACAUGGUCUUGUGCCACGCCAAAACUUGUGAGCAUGCCUGGUUCCACUUAGAAUGUGUGGGACUGGACAAGGCUCCGAACUCGGAAGAUGACUGGUACUGCUCCAAGGAAUGCGAAAACAGUGGAUCCUACAUCUACUGCUUCUGUCACAUGAAGCAACCGGCAGGGGUUAAUAUGGUCCAGUGUCACCUAGCGGAUCAGUGUAAGAAGUAUGUGUGGUACCACCAAGAUUGUGUGUCUACUAGCACGGAUGCUCCCUUACCAGAAACAUGGUACUGUUCUGAGGAAUGUGCGCUUGGAGCUGAAAAUGAUGACCAUGUGCUGAACCACACCAAGGCUCUGAUGUAUGAAGGUCUAUGUCAUCUUAUCAGACGUCAAGCCGUUAGUGAAGGUAACGGACCUGCCAUGGUGGAUGACUGGAAAGCUGAUAUGCUCAACUUCCAUGAGUGGGAUCGUAAGGGGUAUCUGGCAAUCGGGCAUUGCUUUCUUGCAUGUGUUGGAGGAUUUGCUGAUCCAGAACUUCGAGACAGCUUCAUUUGGAACAGAGUUGCAAACCCCAGCGGCAAACCAGGGGCAAACAUUGGAUUGGAGGAAUGCGUGACUUUGGACUAUCAGGGUUCGUACGGGUCAUGGAAUUACACUUUUUUGUGUUUCAGGCCUUGAAAGUCAUGGAAAAUCUUUUUUUUUUUCAUUGAAAAGUCAUGAAAAGUCAUGGAAAAUUUUUUUUUUUUAAAGUUCAAUGAUUUUCCGUUAGAAAUAGUGAUCGAGCUCCGCUUACCAUUUAAAAAUCAUCAAAAAUCCACACUCAAAAUCAUGAAUAAGCCUUGAAAAUAGGAGGAGCGCAGUUUCAAAUUCCGAAGUUGCGUCUUUUUUCUGUACCACGUAUUUCCAUACCCUUGGUACCAGGUAUGGAAAAAAAAUCAACGCAAUGGUCGGGAAACAGUUGCAUGUAUAGGGGUCCAAUAUGACUACCACCAUGUGCAAUUUCUAAUGCACAUGUUUCCCCUACAGAUAUCACAAUUCUGUGAUAAAACAAUUUGAAUUACACAGGAAAUAAAUCCUAUAGUCUAGUAACCUAGCAUUGGUGAGUUGUCAUUCGGCUUUGCUUUUCAAAACGGCCUAUUAAUAAAUUAUAACUUAAAAAUCAUUUGGUUUUAUUUUCUAGGGGAUGAGGUAAAUAUCAGACAAUAAAUCAUCAAACAAAGCUCCAUCUAUUUUACAAGGCAGGCUCACGCACGCAUUGGCGCUUGUACUAGCUAGCCAGUCUGAGCUCUGUCUCUCUGCCAGAGCUCUGGGGGACAAAUCGCUCCGUAAAGGCCUCAAUGACUGUGAUUUUCUGUUUCAGACAGAGUUUACAUUUCGGGUAUAUUAUUCAAAACUGCCAAUAAAGUUUUAUGAUUUCUUCAUUGUCAUAUGUAUAUUUAAGUUAUUAUUGAAUACAUUCUGACCAAAUUUAGACUCCCCCAUAGAGAAAUGCAAUUUUCAUGGAGAUCUGCGUUUUCAAAGAACUUCAGGGAAAGUUAGGGUAUGUGGGCCUUUAUUACAUGUACAUGGCCAAGUACAGGGUAUUGUACUGGAAUAGACGGAGUAGAAAUUAGAUAUUGAAUUCAUUUAUAUCCAAGACCAACUCAUAGUCACACCCACAUUCAAGAUUCUAAGCAUG